AUGGCCAUGGCUGCACAAGCUUCUCUCUUCACCCCAACGCUCUCAAACCCUGUUUCUCCAUGGAAACAGUCCUCCUUCACCGCCGUGAAGCAGCUCAAGCUCACCUCCCGUACCUUCACCAUCAAGGCAGCAGCCGAAGAGGUUGCCACCCCCACUAAAGAAGCUCCAGUUGGAUUCACCCCACCGGAACUCGACCCCAACACCCCAUCUCCCAUCUUCGCUGGAAGCACCGGUGGAUUGCUCCGAAAAGCUCAGGUGGAGGAGUUCUACGUCAUCACAUGGGAAUCCCCCAAGGAGCAGAUCUUCGAGAUGCCGACGGGAGGCGCUGCGAUCAUGAGGGAAGGACCUAAUCUAUUGAAAUUGGCGAGGAAGGAGCAGUGUUUGGCUUUGGGAACUAGAUUGAGGUCGAAAUACAAGAUCAAGUAUCAGUUCUACAGGGUGUUCCCAAAUGGUGAAGUACAGUAUUUGCACCCUAAAGAUGGGGUUUACCCGGAAAAGGUGAACGCCGGCCGACAAGGUGUGGGUCAAAACAUGAGGUCAAUUGGAAAGAAUGUUAGCCCAAUUGAAGUCAAGUUCACCGGCAAGCAACCAUAUGAUAUAUGAUGGAUUUGUGAUUAUGUACUUCAUUUCGUAAUUAAAAAGAUAUGCUUUUUUAUUUCA